AUGAACAGGUCAGGUAAAAUGCACCUGAUUGGGGAGAACGACGAGGAGAUGUUUAACCAGAUAAGCAGCAGUGUGAUGAGGAGUAACCCCAUGUGGGGAGGAAACUACGAACGAAAUGGCCUUCUCGAAAUUGUAAAUAACCAGACGGAAGUACCCAUCGACCUGGCCCAUUUCGAGAAGGAAGUGAGGAAACUCAUCCACCUAAUGCGAUUUGAAGACUUUCAACUGAACAUAACGUUUGUGAGUUUAAAAGAAAUGAAGGAGGUGAACAGGACUCACAGGGGAAAGAAUGAGCCGACGGAUGUCAUUUCGCUGUUGCACUGUGUGCACAGUGGGGAAGGCGUUUCUCCUGGUGGCGACUUCGCCAGUGGGGGGGGCCUGAGGUCCGGCGACAUUUACUUGUGCCCCGCGUAUAUAAGCAGGGAGUGUGUGCUGGCCCGGGUCAGGUACGAGCGCGGGUUAUUGGCCGAUCAAAGCGGUGGGAGCGAUCGAAGCGAUGGGAGUGACGGCGAAGUGGGCGAGUCCACGCUGGCCAACCGCGACACCCAGCAGAGUGACCAGGGGGAGCUGCGCCCCCGAGGCGUGAACAAACUGUUUGGCACCCUCUUCUGCGCCCACCAGCGGUUGCCCCUGUACGUUCUCCACGGAUUAAUACACCUGACGAACAAGGAUCACGUAAAGAAUGCCAACGAGUACAACGCAUUUAUGGACGUAGAGGAAGACCUCAUCGGUAAGUAUCUUAAGUUUCAUCAUUACACACACACAUUUUACUCCCACUACGUCAUUGGGCUUGGCACGGACAUUUUGAAUGUGAAUAGGAUUUACAAAAUAUUGCAAAAGGGGAGUGGGGCGUUUUUCCUGCGGAAAGUUUUGAGCUCGCUCGAGCUGCGGGAGUUGGCUCAGGGGGGGGAAGCGGCGGGGAGUGACCAACUGGGCGGCGCGGACGGCAAAGCGGAUCGGAAGGCGGAUCGUCACGCGGAUUGUCAGGCGGAUCGUCACGCGGAUUGUCAGGCGGAUCGUCACGCGGAUUGUCAGGCGGAUCGUCACGCGGAUCGUCACGCGGAUUGUCAGGCGGAUUGUCAUGCGGAUUGUCAGGCGGAUUGUCAUGCGGAUUGUCAUGCGGAUCGGCAGGCGGACUGCCCUGAGGACUGCCGCGAAGACCCCACGCAGAGCCUCGUGCAGAAGCUCACCGCAAAUUGCACGUUGAAGCUGGCCAUCCACGUGAGCAAAAAGUUCGCAGCCAAAGAAGCGAUCCUGAAAUCCAUGGGGCGCGGUUUAAGCUCCAUUUCCAAGUACGGCCUAAGCAUGAACGAUAUAGAAGUAAGAAACGACAAGUAUGGGAAGCCCCUCGUUUUUUUGUAUGACCAGGCAAGGCAAAUAGCCAACGAAAUGGGCAUAGUAAAUAUUUUUUUAUCCCUAAGUGAUGAAAGGAUAACCUGCACAAGUCAUAAUCUUACAAAGGAUGAGUCCACGGUGUGCAAAAGUUGCACGUACUUGAUCCAUGCACAGGCACUUUCGGUUGGGUCGAACGUGUGA